AUGAAGUUCCUUGGUCCUUUCGGACUGCUCUCUGCAGCCCUGGUUGGCUUCGCCAACGGUGCAGCCAUCCACGGGUCGACCAGCCAACAUCAUCAUCGUGAGCUGGCGAAGCGAGCCUCUGGUGAACUGGUCAAGCGAGUCACCAACUCGAAGUGGUCCUUCUACGACACCGAGACUGGUAAUGCCGGUGCAUGUGGCCAGCACAUCAGGAACAGCGACUUUGUUGUUGCAAUGAACACUGCCGAUUUCCGCCAAAGUGACUGCUUCAAGACCAUCACUUUGAGUUUCGGUGGCAAGACCACGCAGGCGACCAUCGGGGACAUGUGCCCUGGCUGCCCUCCUGGUGGACUUGACCUGUCGAUGGGCCUCUUCGCCUUCUUCGCGGACCAUGGACGAGGAAUCAUCUAUGGCGAAUGGAACUUCGGUGAACCUGCUCCUCCUCCUCCUCCUCCGCCUCCUCCGCCACCUCCUCCUCCUCCUCCACCACCACCUCCCCCUCCUCCCCCGCCCACUACCUUGGAGCCCCCGCCACCACCCCCGACAUCGUCGGAGCCUCCCCCGCCACCCAGCACUUCGGCGACCCCAACCAGUUCUGCGGUUCCCAGCAGCUCUGUUGUCCCAUCGGAGGCUAGUUCGACCUUGUCUGGAAGUGGCGCCAGCCUUCGACCAACGGCCAGCGCGACGCCCUCUCCUGCUGUUGGCAACCUCGGUGCUUUGAACCAACUCGUUGUACAGUUUGCUGAAGUCGUCGUCGACGGUGCCGCCGCUCCUCGCGAUGUCGCCUAAACUGCCCCCAGUAGCGUCCAAUUGUGUUUCCGUCCUCUUUUCAUUCGUUCCUAAUCAUGUUGUCGAUGCUAUUGGGUUCUUAGGUUGUUAAACAAUAGGUUAUAAUGUUCAGUGUUACAUUUUUAGCGUUGUCUACUUACAUUCGUAUACCACUGACUUCAUCGUCUUGUACAUAGGAUAUCAUCCAAUUUCCAUCUCCCCCCUUCGUGUUGUAGUCCUUCGCGUUGUAGAUCAUUUCGAAGGCCCGAAGGGCUUCUACCCACCGUACAUCUUUAGCAGGUUCUUGUUGGAUGUCUCGCUGUUGUUGACAUCGAUAAUUGUUUGAAUGCAGCAGCUUUAGGCUGGUCC